AUGACCUUGCCCCACGUCGCCAUGAAGGACAGUCACGUGAUGGGAUACUUCAUUCCAAAAAGAUCUACCGUAAUUGGGAACGUGCACGCAGCCCAUCGUGAUCCUCGUGUUUGGGAGUGUCCGGAUAUUUUUAAUCCGGAGAGAUUCUUUAAGGAAAACGAUGAAAUGAUUGUUAACAAGGAGCACAUUGUGCCUUUUUCGUUGGGAAAAAGAUCUUGCUUCGGAGAAAUUUUAGCCCGUCAAGAAUUUUUUCUCUCCCUAACCAACCUGGUGUGGAGGUUUAAAAUCUUUCCACCUGAAGGUCAAGAAAAGGUCAAUGUUGAUGACGCCAUGGACGUUACCGUUAAACCGUCGUCGUUUAAAAUUAGGCUAGUGGAAAGGUCUUGA